AAAACUCUGCCACUCUUCGGUGCUCACUCUUCGUCCAGAGUGUUUGCAAGGCUUUCUCGAAGGAUAGUGAAUUGGAUUUGAUCUAGGGGUCAGAACCCCAAACCAACUACCUAGUCCAGUCAAGCGACCACUCCGUCAAGGAACAACAUCAGCCAGGGGCGCACAAAGCGCCAUUGCCUCCACAAAGCCCUCGUGUUCGAUUGCGCUCUUGAAGCGUUGCCCGCGCGGUGUCCAAGACUGCCCCAUCGAACCCGCCUGGCGUACGGGCCACAGUCAUGUACGAGCGAUCACCACCAUCAUCGUUGUCGUCUGCCAUUGAAUCGGGUGGCACUGCAAGCUCCCACUCACGCUCCGGCUCCGGCUCGACCCCUUUCCGCUCCGGCUACGAAUCAUCUCACAGCGAUGACCGUCCACGACGGUUACCCGACGUGCGGCCAGAGACGCCACACAACAAGCACCAGAACAAGCUGAAAUGGAUAUCGCAAGUCAAAGACUGGCUGUCGGUCAGUGAGCCAUCUUCACAGGCGUUCAAGCAGCAGAAACUCAAGAACGCCACCUCCAAAGACCCGCAGGCAGCCUCCAGGGUCCGCAUACCCUUGGGGCAGAUACCGCCAGGGGCUACCACAUCUGUCGCGGGACCGAGUCCAGAGGCGGCUCUCAAGCGGCAGCUAAGGGAGAAGAGGGCGCGCGGACCGUCUAUGAGCGCGAGGACGACGACAUCGAUAUCAAGUCGCGAGUCGUAUGGCUAUGCUGGGAGCGUCAAGGAGGGUAACCCAGCUACACCAGCCGGGUGGUGACGGCGGACUGCUUUAUAAGAAGUUAAUAAUGUGUGAUGAUGAGCCUACCUUACAGCGGGGCUAGGCUCGAUUGAGAUUCUGCCGUUAGCGGUGAAAAGGUAACACCGGAAGGGUGAGAACCUGAAAUUAGUGAGACCGGAGGUAAACGACCCGGAACAUAGGAAAUUAGAGAGGAAGGCUCUAAGAGGAUAGGAUUAUACGAUUAAGAACGCAUAAAUAGAGCCUCAACGGCUAUCUCUUUUAUAAUAAUAUAAGGCACUUGAAUAACCUUCUCUACAGCGUAUUAUAGUUAUAAGCCCGGGAGGUGACUAUUACCUAUAACUUAUACUACACUUUGGAUAUAUACUUUAUCUGCUCCUAUAUAUAUUCCUUCA